AUGUCCAAGGCUCAAUUCCUGCGCGAGUACAAGCUCGUCGUCGUCGGUGGUGGUGGUGUCGGAAAGUCUGCACUUACUAUCCAGUUCAUUCAAUCACAUUUUGUUGAUGAAUACGACCCCACCAUUGAGGAUUCCUACCGUAAACAGUGCAUCAUCGACGAAGAGGUCGCCCUGCUCGAUGUUUUGGACACGGCCGGACAAGAAGAAUACGGAGCUAUGCGAGAACAGUAUAUGAGGACUGGCGAAGGAUUCCUGUUGGUCUACUCUAUCACUUCCCGCAGCUCGUUCGAAGAAGUUUCCACAUUCCAUCAGCAAAUCCUGCGAGUAAAAGACAAGGACUACUUUCCAGUAGUGGUGGUCGCCAACAAGUGCGAUCUGGAGUAUGAAAGACAGGUCCAGCCUCACGAGGGUCGGGACCUGGCCAAGCGAUUCAACGCUCAGUGUAUCGAGACUUCUGCCAAGCAGAGAGUCAAUGUCGACGAGGCUUUCAUUGCCGUCGUCCGAGCCAUCAGGAGAUACCAGAAGGAGUCUGGCCCUCCCCAGGCCUCUGGUGCUCCUUCCAAGGCGCAAAGUGGAGGCGUUGGCGGACGUGCAAACGAGAAGGACGAUCAUGUGGACAAGGGGUGCUGCGGCGGGUGUGUCGUCCUCUAA